AUGGAAAACGGUGUGGGACCUUCUUAUGUAAUGCCAGCACCGCCGUACUCUGGUCCCCCUGCAGACUACAACAUGGGAACCUACCAAGCUCAGCCUGGCAUCCAACCCAUUCAACAACCUCUUUACCAGUACAUGCCACGACAACCUCAGUACAUUCAACCUGUGAACCAGGUGGUGGUGGUGCAGCAGCUGCCGACUGAUGCUCCUGGACACAUGGUGUGUCCUCAGUGCCGCAACACAAUUGUCACUAAAGUCGAGCAUGUAAAUGGUUUGCUCACCUGGUUGAUCUGUGGUGUACUAGGAGUGUUCUUGUGCUGGCCUUGCUGUUUAAUCCCCUUCUGCGUGGAUGCUUGCAAGGAUGUGGAGCAUUCCUGCCCCAAAUGUAACACCGUCCUGCACCUCCAUAAAUCCAUGUGAAAAAGCAGUACAAUAGCAGUACAGUGU